AUGGAGGAACAGCAGUCUGCAGCUCACGCCACGCCCGAGGCCGAGCAGCAGCGGCGACCUCCACCGGAGCAGAAGCAGCCGCAGGUGGAGCUGGCGGUGGCUGUCGCUUCGGCUGCGGCAGAGAACGGUGACGGUCCGGCCGAGGGCGGGGACGGCUCACCGGCGGCUGCGGUGGACACCGCAUUGCUCGGCGGGGCGCGGCGGACGGGGCUGCACCUUUUCGUCAUGAACAUCAGGAGCGUGUUCAAGCUCGACGAGCUCGGCGGCGAGGUUCUGGGCAUCGCCGUGCCGGCGUCGCUGGCGCUCACGGCCGACCCGCUCGCCUCGCUGAUCGACACGGCCUUCAUCGGCCGGCUGGGGUCAGUGGAGAUCGCCGCCGUCGGGGUCGCCAUCGCCGUGUUCAACCAGGUCAUGAAGGUGUGCAUCUACCCGCUCGUCAGCGUCACCACGUCCUUCGUCGCCGAGGAGGACGCCAUCCUCAGCAAAGACGGCGCCAAGGUCGUCGACGGAGAAGGACAAGAGGAAAACCCAGAUCAGCACGCUGCUGCUGCCGCCACGGACCCGGAGAAGCAACCGUCAGCUGAAGAAGCCACCAAGAACAACGGCGACUCCACCGCUGUGCUUGGCGACGCGUCGCCGGCCGAGCUCGCCGGGGCCGAGGGAUGCGCCUCGGCCGUCGUCGGCCGGAACAGCGGCAAGAACAGGAGGUUCGUGCCGUCCGUGACGUCGGCGCUGAUCGUGAGCGCGUUCCUGGGGCUGUUCCAGACCGCCCUCCUCGUCGCCGCCGGGAAGCCGCUGCUGCGCCUGAUGGGCGUCAAGUCGGGUUCAUCGAUGAUGAUCCCCGCACUGCGCUACCUGACCCUGCGCGCUCUUGGCGCCCCGGCCGUGCUCCUCUCUCUCGCCAUGCAAGGCGUCUUCCGAGGCUUCAAGGACACCAAGACGCAUUUAUACGCCACCGUGGCCGGCGACCUGGCGAACAUCGUGCUGGAUCCGAUCUUGAUAUUUGGCUGCCGCAUGGGCGUGACCGGCGCCGCCAUUGCCCAUGUUCUCUCUCAGUACCUGAUAACGCUGAUAAUGCUGAGCAAGCUUGUGAGGAAGGUCGAUGUCGUGCCGCCCAGCCUGAGAUGCCUCAAAUUCCGCCGUUUCCUCGGAUGCGGAUUCCUUCUGCUGGCCAGGGUGGUGGCCGUGACGUUCUGCGUGACGCUGGCGGCGUCGCUGGCCGCUCGCCACGGGCCGACCGCCAUGGCGGCGUUCCAGAUCUGCUCCCAGGUCUGGCUGGCCACGUCCCUCCUCGCAGACGGGCUCGCCGUCGCGGGCCAGGCCAUGAUCGCGAGCGCCUUCGCCAGGAAGGACCACUACAAGGUGACCGCCACCACCGCCCGCGUCCUGCAGCUCGGCGUCGUCCUGGGCGCCGCCCUCACGGUCGUCCUCGGGCUCGGCAUGCAGUUCGGCGCCGGAGUCUUCACCAAGGACGCUGCCGUCAUCAAGACCGUGCAGAAGGGCGUUCCGUUCGUCGCCGGCACGCAGACGCUGAACACGCUGGCCUUCGUCUUCGACGGCAUCAACUUCGGGGCGUCCGACUACGCCUUCUCCGCCUACUCCAUGUUCGGCGUGGCGGCCGUGAGCAUCCCGUCGCUGAUCCUCCUCUCGUCGCACGGAGGCUUCGUCGGGAUCUGGAUCGCCCUCACCAUCUACAUGAGCGUCAGGGUCCUUGCCAGCACCUGGAGGAUGGGAGCAACCAGGGGGCCAUGGAAGUUUCUUCGGCUGUGA